UGAUUGGUUGCCAUGGGCAACUUCUCCACUCUUUUCAUUGCUUAUUACAUCUCCUUAUAAGAGAGUAUCACAGAAAGCCUCAUAUAGUAAAGGAAGUCCCGGGAUGCGGUUAUGUGACCGGCUCCGGAAUCCCGCCCGGUGGAAAGCCCAACAGUCAGAAUGCCGACUGACAGGGACUAUUCCCACUCGUGUGUGUCCACAACACCCAUAGAGUGGGAAUAGAACCUGUGGCGAGCCACCGAGCCUGCUGCAUGGCGAGCGCAGCACACCUGCAAGGGGCUUCGUUGCGCUCGCCCUCCCCUCCAGCAAUCUAAACAUCCGUAUCCCGGAUGGAUAUCCUCUGACUCUGAGAGAGUAUUGAAUUUCUGUAACAUCGUAUAUGCUAUGGCUGUAUCUUACAACCGACAGAAUUGCACAAAACGCUAUUCCAUUCUCCGUCUCUCCUGGAUUGAGCCCACUGUCUUCAAGCUCAGCCCUCUGCCAGCUAUUCAACACAGACUGGUAAGGACCAGUGGGAAUUAGCAGACACAAAUUAGGAGGUGUUGCAGCAGCAGCGUGUCCCUGCAUACACAGAAGUAGGCAGUUUUCAGUAGCCAAUGGUAGGAGGCUGAGUAGAAGUAAGCGGUUCCAGGUGACGAUUGUAGGAGCCUGGUGAUGACAGCACCUAACCCGCCCACUGCUCAGUGGGUGGAGUUAAAAACAAGUGAUUACUGACCUUUGAUAAAGCUGCCAAACGCCAGCGAAACGCGUAAGGGAACCAGCCCUGACCCAGACACCCUAAAGCCACCUUCAGGAUACCAUUGCAGUUAUCACCAUCUUGGAUAUUCUUCAAUCUAUGGACGUGGAAAAGUAACAGAGGGAAAACCACCAAACAUCUGCGUAGGAUCGGAGACAGCCUCUGGACCUUCGCUAGGUGGGAUACCCGGCAAAUCCACUGUAAUACUGCACCUUCCGGAAGUGGACCGGCGAGACAGAGCUGAGCUGGGACGCGUUGCCAAGGCAACACCGGCGCCCAGCAAUGACGUAACCAGGCUGAUUGGGCUGUACAGCAGCGCGCGUCCUAGUGCACUCGAUCCACCACACCUCCCUGCUCCCGGUCUGCAUCCGGAAGUAUGCCUGGCCUACAAAAGAUUCGUCUGGUGAUUGCGGAAAAAGGAUUGCCAUGUGACGAGCGGGAUGUCAGCCUGCCACUUGCAGAACAAAAAGAACCAUGGUUCAUGCGCCUCAAUCUUGGGGAGGAGGUACCAGUGGUUAUCCAUGGGGACAAUAUCAUCAGUGACUACAACCAGAUCAUUGACUAUGUUGAAAAUAAUUUUGUGGGAGAACUUAUUCCACAGUUAAUACCAGAAGCUGGAAGUCUUCUACACUCCAGAGUCGUUCAGUAUAGAGAUGUUCUAGAAAGCCUUCCGAUGGACGCCUACACUCAUGGAUGUAUUCUUCACCCAGAACUUACCAUGGAUUCCUUGAUCCCAAAAUACGCCACAGCUGAGAUCCGCAGACACCUGGCCAAUGCUACCACAGAACUAUUGAAACUCGAUCACGAGGAGCCUCAACUAAUGGAACCAUAUCUUUCCAAACAUAAAAAGCUCAUGGCUAAAAUACUGGAACAUGACAAUGUGAACAACUUGAAAAAAAUCCUAAUUGAGUUAGCCAUGGUAUUAGACCAGAUUGAGGCUGAGCUAGAAAAGAGGAAAAUUGAAUAUGAAGGCCGGAAAUGUGAGCUCUGGCUUUGUGGAAACAUCUUUACCUUAGCGGAUGUACUUCUGGGAGCUACAUUGCAUCGACUCAAGUUCCUAGGACUUUCCAAAAUUCAGUGGGAAGAUGGGAGCAGGCCAAACUUACAGUCAUACUUUGAGAGAAUACAGAAGCGCUAUGCAUUUCGGAGAGUACUUGGAGACAUCCACACCACCCUCCUGUCUGCAGUUUUACCCAACGCAUUCCGCCUUGUCAAACAAAAACCACCAUCUUUCUUUGGGGCAUCUUUCCUCAUGGGUUCAUUAGGGGGAAUGGGAUAUUUUGCCUACUGGUAUUUAAAGAAAAAAUACAUCUAAUGUCUAUCUGGUCUUAGUUUGAUGUCUCUGUGCAAUGUGGUAUUAUUAAACCUAGUAACAGAAACCUGAACAAAACUUCACCAUGAAACUGGUAUCUUUAAUGCUAAUGUAAACAUUCCACAAUAGAACACAUAGAUCUUAUAUUGCAAUAAAAGUACUAAAUUUGCAUAUUACUUUUGUAGGUUAAGCAAAAUAAAUCUAUAAUGUUGCAGCAUUAACAGAUCAAUUAAACUAUAACAAACGUGUUGAAUUGUGGCCUUUCCCUAGUUUCAAAUUUGUUAUCCUUCAAUGUAUACCCAUCAAUAUACAUAUUAGAGACAUCCAUUUUGAGGUCUGAGACAAUUUAUUAGGAGCUAGUCUCAUCUCUGAGUUCAUGCUCCAAUGAUGUCACUAGCUCCAAGCAACUUGAUAAAUUGAAUUUUUACUCGUUCUACAAAAUGGCUGCUUCCACUGUUGCAACAGGUACACUUGAGGCCAGCGAAAUGGUGGUGAAAUGACCACUCAAUAUACUUAUGACCAAAAUAAAAAGCCAUUAUCUUUGUAAACACACUGUUUCUUCCUAUAUAUUAUUUUGUAAGCUUAUAAAAUAAGAGCACAGAAUGAAAACCCCUGACACAAAAUGCUGGAGACAAAGGAAUGAAAUUGUGUGUUACUGUAUUUACAUUUUGAUUUCAAUGUAGAUUUUCUUUGAAUUAAAUAUUUUUAGAUUGAGCUGUUUUUAGAAUGUAUAAGACUUGGAUGCCUUUGGAUUUCUUUGAAACAGCUGCUUUUACUUUUACAAUCUUGUGACUCUCUUUUGUUGCCUAAAUCUCAAGGGUACAUAUUUUUUUUACUGCAUACACAAAGAAAAAAAAAUAGGGCAUUUAAAGGCCCGUUUCAUAUGAAAGUCUGUGAUAUCUGUCUGUUUGUGCACAUCCUCAUAAUUAAUCACAGGGUUCCAAACUUUCUUGUGCCUUUUGUAUGUCAGAAAGAGCAAAUUAAGUUCUUAAACAAGAAAGUAUUAUGGAUCAAUAAACUUUUGGUGGGAAAAUAA